UCACUUACACCCAGAGAGCGAGCGGGCACGGCGUACGAACUGCUACAGCAGCCUGCGAGCACCUUCAGGAAUUUCCACGUUUUUAGCCUGCAGCUGACAGCUUGGAUUUCUUCAUCACCCCCCCUCUCCUCCUCCUCCUCCUUCUCUCUUCUCCUGCUUAAGCUGGAAUGGCUGGGAAGCUUGGAAAAUAGUAAAUGAUCAUUUGGAUCAAUUACAGGCUUUUAGCUGUGUUGUCUGUCAUAAUUCAUGAUUCUGGUCUGGGAAACAGACCAACAGCCUACGUGCCAAAAAAGAAAAAAAGAAAAAAGGGGGCAGAGUUUGAUGGAGUUGGGUGUACUUUUCGAUGCCAUUCUCCUGUGCACCUAAAGGAAAAGCACUUUUACAGGCACCUGGUAUAGGGGGGAAAUCAUGUUUGACUGUAUGGAUGUUCUAGCGGUGAGCCCGGGGCAAAUGCUGGAUUUCUACACUGCGAGCCCGUCGUCUUGCAUGCUACAGGAAAAAGCUCUCAAAGCGUGCUUCAGCGGAUUAGGACAGACCGAAUGGCAGCAUCAGCACCGGCACAGUGCUCAAUCUAUUGAAACACAAAGUACUAGUUCAGAAGAGCUGGUGCCCAGUCCUCCAUCCCCUCCCCCACCUCCUCGAGUUUACAAACCCUGUUUUGUGUGUCAGGACAAGUCAUCUGGAUAUCAUUAUGGAGUCAGUGCAUGUGAGGGCUGCAAGGGCUUCUUCCGGAGGAGUAUUCAGAAGAACAUGGUUUACACGUGUCACAGAGAAAAGAACUGUGUUAUCAAUAAAGUGACACGCAAUCGCUGCCAGUACUGCAGACUACAGAGGUGCUUUGAAGUGGGAAUGUCCAAAGAAUCAGUCAGAAAUGACAGAAACAAGAAGAAGAAAGAGCCAUCGAAACAGGAGUGCACAGAGAACUACGAGAUGACAGCUGAGCUCGAUGACCUAGCAGAGAAAAUCAGAAAAGCGCAUCAAGAAACCUUCCCCUCCCUAUGUCAGCUGGGGAAAUACACUACGAAUUCCAGUGCUGAUCACCGUGUUCGGCUAGACCUUGGGCUUUGGGAUAAAUUUAGUGAACUUGCAACAAAGUGCAUUAUUAAAAUAGUGGAAUUUGCAAAGAGGUUACCUGGAUUCACCAGUUUGACCAUUGCAGAUCAGAUCACGCUUCUAAAAGCAGCAUGUCUGGAUAUUUUGAUUCUCCGAAUUUGCACAAGAUAUACUCCAGAGCAGGACACAAUGACUUUCUCAGAUGGCCUUACACUCAACCGAACUCAGAUGCACAAUGCUGGGUUUGGUCCACUCACCGACCUAGUGUUCACGUUUGCCAACCAGCUCCUACCUUUGGAAAUGGAUGACACAGAAACUGGCCUGCUCAGUGCCAUCUGCUUAAUUUGUGAAGACCGUCAGGACCUUGAAGAGCCAGCUAAAGUAGAUAAGCUUCAAGAGCCAUUACUGGAAGCACUGAAAAUUUAUAUCAGGAAGAGAAGACCCAACAAGCCCCACAUGUUUCCAAAGAUUUUAAUGAAGAUCACAGAUCUUCGCAGCAUAAGUGCAAAAGGUGCAGAACGUGUUAUCACACUAAAGCUGGAGAUCCCUGGAUCAAUGCCUCCUCUCAUUCAGGAAAUGCUGGAGAACUCAGAGGGACACGAGGCAACAGCAAGCAGCCCCAGCGAGAGCCCACCAGAGCGCAGUCACAGCAUCUCAAAAACUUCAGACGAGGAGCGGGUCAGCAAAUGUGCACAGGUGCAAUAGGACCCUCCUCCUCCAUCCACUUCAGACAUUCCCAACACUAUAUGCACACACAGGGAUGACAAGCAAGGAGCAGACCCCUCCACCCCCCACUGCUGCAUUUGCAGACUCUGAGCUCGUUGAAGAAAUGACCAAGCUGGUUCCGAUUUAUAUAUACCUAUAUACUUUUGCUGUUUACAUUCUUAACUUCGCUGGACUCUUACAAGUAGACGAAAGGAAGGAAAGAAAGAAAAACACUAAAGCAGCCAUUUAACAGAACAAGAAAUAAAUCUAUUUUCUCUUCUGAUCAUCAGAUUGCAUGAUCUUCGAAGACUCCUGACUUUGUACAUAAAUCUAUUUACCAUUCUCUUUGCUGGAUGUUUGGUGCUUUCCUUUUGUCUUGCAUACAUGAAAUGAUCAAGACUAAAGGUAACAAAAUGGAUUGUUGAACAUGCCCACAUGAGGAUCGCUGUCAUUUAGGUCAGAACAUGCCCACGACUGCAUCGCGUUUCUUCUCUGCUUCACUCUACAUGGAAGAACGCUCACUACAUGAUCUGAAGACUGUUUUGUAUCAGAGUAACUGCCUGUUCAGUUAGAAGACAUUUCAUUGUAGAGUUGUCAAUGUCACUUUAUGAAGGUGGAUCAAACAGAUGUGAUUGUCUUGGCGGAUAUUUACAGGUGCAUUACUGCAGUAAUUGUAGCCUCAAAGGCACUUUCCAGUGUUACAAUGUUUUAUUUUUUGUCUGUUUCUUUUUUUUUUUUCCAUGUUUACUUGUUCACAAGCCAUUGGAGAAAUGUUUGUGUGUGAUUCACUACAUAUGAGAGUGGGUUUAGCAUAAAACGUUCCCCUCAUGAUUUACCAGGAUACAUCUCUUCUGUGCCUAAGAGCUCAGCUCUACUUUAUGGAAGUCUGCAAAACUCUGUCAAGAACACGAGUAGUGUAUUCUGAUGGCAAGACACGGUGUAACUUGCAGUACUUUUCUGAGUACACGGCUAUGAAGCUGCUACAUUGUAUGAGCAUAUGUGAGGAAUUUCAAUAAUGACUGAGCUGCACAUUGUUACCAGGUACAAGUGAGAUGGAUACAUUACAGUGGCUUUCCCAUUUAACUGGCACAAUGUGGCUAUAGUAUAUUGCUUCAGCCCCACACUUUAAAACACUAAAAGCCCAACUUUUUUUUUUUUUUAUGUUUGGAUCACAGCAACGGUGAUGCCACAGUAGACGUUAACAUGUUAAAAAA